CUGAUGUAGAAGAAAUUGAAGCUUAGCUUUUCAGCAGGGAUGUUGUGAAGCUGAAUACGGUGGGCAUGAUCAGAUUGAUUUGUACGAUGAUGUAAUUUCUCCAUCUGCAAAUAAUGGAGAUGCCCCAGAAGAUCGUGACUACAUGGAUUCUCUCCCACCAUCAGUUGGAGAUGAUGUAGGUAAAGGAGCUGCACCAAAUGUUGUCUAUACAUAUACUGGAAAGAGAAUUGCCUUGUACAUUGGAAAUCUUACUUGGUGGACGACAGAUGAAGACUUAACAGAAGCAGUUCAUUCAUUGGGAGUAAAUGAUAUUUUGGAGAUAAAAUUUUUUGAAAAUCGUGCUAAUGGCCAGUCUAAAGGGUUUGCCCUUGUGGGUGUGGGAUCUGAAGCAUCCUCCAAAAAACUGAUGGAUUUGUUGCCUAAAAGAGAAUUGCAUGGGCAGAAUCCUGUUGUAACUCCGUGUAAUAAACAGUUUCUGAGUCAGUUUGAAAUGCAGUCAAGGAAAACCACACAGUCUGGCCAGAUGUCUGGGGAAGGUAAAGCUGGUCCACCAGGAGGAAGCUCACGUGCAGCAUUUCCACCUAGUAACAGAGGGCGAGGCCGUUUUCCAGGUGCCAUUCCAGGUGGAGACAGGUUUCCAGGGCCGGCAGGGCCAGGAGGACCACCACCACCUUUCCCAGCUGGACAAACUCCCCCACGUCCACCCUUAGGUCCUCCAGGCCCACCAGGUCCACCAGGCCCUCCACCUCCUGGUCAGGUCCUUCCUCCUCCAUUAGCUGGACCUCCUAAUCGUGGUGACCGUCCACCACCACCAGUUCUGUUUCCAGGACAGCCUUUUGGUCAGCCUCCACUUGGGCCGCUUCCUCCAGGCCCUCCACCACCAGUUCCAGGCUACGGACCACCACCAGGUCCACCACCACCUCAGCAGGGUCCACCUCCACCUCCAGGUCCAUUUCCCCCUCGUCCGCCUGGCCCUCUUGGGCCACCCCUGACUCUUGCUCCUCCUCCACAUCUCCCUGGGCCGCCUCCAGGUGCCCCACCGCCUGCACCACAUGUGAAUCCAGCUUUCUUCCCCCCACCUGCCAAUAGUGGCAUACCUACUUCAGACAGCCGUGGCCCACCUCCAACAGAUCCAUAUGGCCGACCUCCACCAUAUGACAGAGGUGACUAUGGGCCACCUGGAAGGCGUUUCACUGGAAAUAACAUGUCCAUAAGAGAAAAAAUACAUAUUCCAUUCUAUGGGAGGCACACGAAAAAUAAUACUCAAAACUCAGGGAGAGAAAUGGAUGCUGCCAGAACACCUCUAAGUGAAGCAGAAUUUGAAGAAAUCAUGAAUAGAAAUAGGGCGAUCUCGAGCAGUGCCAUUUCAAGAGCUGUAUCAGAUGCUAGUGCUGGGGAUUAUGGAAGUGCUAUAGAGACCUUGGUAACUGCGAUUUCCUUAAUUAAACAGUCCAAAGUAUCUGCUGAUGAUCGUUGUAAAGUACUCAUUAGCUCUCUUCAGGAUUGCCUUCAUGGGAUUGAGUCCAAGUCUUAUGGUUCUGGAUCCAGAAGACGUGAACGAUCCAGGGAGAGGGACCACAGUAGGUCAAGAGAAAAAAGUAGACGCCACAAAUCACGUAGCAGAGAUCGUCAUGAUGACUAUUACCGGGAAAGAAGCCGUGAAAGAGAGAGGCAUCGUGACCGUGACAGAGACCGUGACAGAGAACGUGAUAGAGAGAGAGAAUAUCGUCAUCGUUAGAGAAGCUGAAGGAAGAGGAACGGCGUGCAAGACAAGAAACGUUCUUCAAGGAAAGAUGCUUGUCCAGCAGUUUGCUUCAUGUGAUUGAACUGAGCCUGUAAGGAUUCAUGGAUAAAAUGAACAGGAAUAGAUCUGAAUAAAGCAAAUCUGCAUACAUGGUAACCAGUAGCUCUUUUACUUUUUUAUGUUGCUUAACUGUUUUAUUUGAGGGAAACCUGUGUGAUUUAAACCUUAUAGCUUUUGCAACUUUAUUACUGGUUAUAUACGUUUGGCAAUUAUAAUGUGCAAGCAAUUGGAAAAAGUCAAGUAAACGCUUGUUUUUAUAGUAGUUUGUUCUUGUUAAAAUGUUCAUAUGAUAAUGUCUGUACACAGCACCACUUUGAUUACAGUAGAUGUAGUGUUGUAAUAAACUGUUUAAUGGGGCUGAUGUGUAAAGCUGUUCAAGUUAUUUGAUGUUUACACCUCAGGGAAAGUCUUGUGUUUAGCAAUAUUUAAAGAUAAUGUUACAAUGAAAACAUUGAUGCUGUCUUUUAAAAACAUUGCAAUAGUUCUUGCAUAUGCCUCAAUCUAAUCUUGCAUUCAGUGAGUUAAACAUACUAAUGUUGCUCUCACACAUUCGAUUUUGAUACGAGAGUAGGUGGUUACGUAAAGUCUUUAAUGCUAUUUUGCUUUCUAGCCGUUUUUACCUAGGUGGCUUGUGAAUUUGCUAAAUGACAUAUAAAACUGUAAAAACUGCAGUGCUUCUGUGUAAAUUGUCUGUUUCGAAGAGAGGUGGUCCCAGGUUCGUGAUUUUAACAAACUGAAAGUUGUAUCUCUUGUACAACUUGAUCUUGCUCGCCACUACAGUUUAUAUUAACUGAAACUGUUUAUAUUGAGGGGUGGGAAAGUUAGCUUAAAAAAAAAAACAAACUGCAGUUAUUUACAGUUUUAUAGUAAUAGUGCUUGUGUGGGGGAGGUUUUGUUUGUUUUCCCCCCCUUCUCCCCUCCCCCCAGGCCAUAGACAGUCUGUACAUAGUUGUAUAUUAGAAAUGUGACAGAAGAAACCAGUUGUUUCCAUUUUUUCCAGAGUAACGGGUUUGGUAUUUUCGUAACACUUUGGGGUUUAUUCACACAUGCAUAUAAGAGAGAAGGUACACUUGUAUGUCCUUGCUCAGUGAUGGGCAAUAUUUAAAUGUCUUAGCAAAAAGUGGCGCUAAGUAAAUCUGUCAAAUGAGGUUUUGUAAAUUUACCUUAAAAACAAGUCGUUGGAGCUUAGAGUGAAAGUUAAGUUCCAAUUAUAAGAAUUUAUUUUACCUUCCAUUAAGUGUGAAAUACACGCGACUAGAACAUUGGCGGAGCUGGCGAGUUUUGCCCGUUCCUGGCAGCCUUGCACGAAGGCUCGCUCCUAAAGCCUGUUGUAAACCAUUAUGUAACAGAUGUACUCUCAGAGUUUCCACUUAUCCAAAUAGCCAUGCUCAAUGUUUUGAGUUAAGUUUCAAGACCUCAGAUGGCUUUAAGAAGCAACUCUUAGCUCUUGAUUUCUUUUCUUACUGACUUCGAAGAUUUGACAAUUGACCUAAAAUAUGUUGCCCCAUUCAGAAAAGCACUUAAGUCCAUUUGGUUUUCCAAAGCGUUUAGAGCAUAUGCUUAAAUGCCGUAGAGUUUUAGGAAAGUAAACAUAUGCUUUAAAUAUUUUACUUGCAUAAGCAAAUGAUUUUAUGCUUUACUGAGUUGGGACCAGUAGCCUGUGUGAGUUCUGCUUAGGUCUGAAAUGCUCUAAUAUUUUUGUCACCUACCGUUCAGCCAGAUUUCCUACCGACAGGCUGAUACUGUUGGACUUGGCUACAAGCUUCAGACCUCCCCCCCCCUCCUUUUUCUUUCUUAAAUUGUGUACCUCGAGUUCUCAUGCAUGGGAUCGCUGGUGUUUAUUGAACUAUUUGCUACUGAGAAAAUAUUUGAAAUGUUUGUUUAAUCCUGUUUAAAAAAAUGAAAACUGCCUUUUAAAAUUUUGUAAACUGAAAGUUGUAUCAAAGAAGUCAUGACUGAUUUCCUGCUUUUUGUGAAUAGGUAUUGGUUACAAACAGUAUUGCUGUAAUUUUUUUUUUUUUUACUCAAAAACAUUGUUCACUGCUGCGUGUAAUAAGUUUAAGGGAAGAAAAAACCUGCCUAUAGCUGUUACAUGGGGAAUAGCUAAUACUGAAGGGGCAGCAGGUAAGUAUUACUCCACUGCAUAGACAAAUCUUUAAAUGAAAAAAUAAAUUUAGAAGCAUUUUAUGCAGGAACUGAUAUUUUACUCCACUUUGAAAUAGAUUUAAGGAGACUGUUGCUCUUCUACAGAGGGUGUAAUUUCUCAUUCAUGUACAGAUUUCCAUUGCUGGCAAUGGAAAUAGCAGGGAGAACACAACAUAAGUUAAACUGAGCGAUCGUUGUGGCUUGAGAGGUGAGGUCCCAGGAUGAAGCCCCUUAUUUCUGCCUGUUCUCCGAAGAUUUAGUUUGAACUGAUAGUCUGUCUGAUGAUUUAAAUACUUCUCUCCUUAUUGUGAUUUUCAUUUGUUAGAAUUUUUUUUAAAGAAA